AUGAUUGCUAACCGGGAAAUAUUCCCAGAACCCGAAUCACACCUCAAAAGCACGCCCUCGACGCCCCGGUCAUCCAGCCCUCUGCCCUCGACUGUCCCGAAUGCCACCCAGUCCGCCUCGUCCGACGCGUCGACUUCACAACAUGAAAGCCUUCAGGGACAGCUUUGGAACCAAGCCUACGAUGCUCUUAAAGACAAGGAAGCUGACCUGGUUGAAGCAUACGAGAAACUUCUCUCGCAUGAACUCAGCGGGGGUGACCGGGAUUCAUCCCAUAUCGACGAGAGGCCCACAAACUUGAUCGCUCAAACGAAUUCGGAAAGAAGAAAGUUCCAGAUGAAUCAGAUCGUUGAAGCUGGGCUCAAAAAAACAGAGAAAGAGGCCUCCAUUAAGAGUGGCCUAGGGGAGAAAACACGAGUCUUAUCCUCGAUGAAAGAUUUGAUAAGUGCGGCAGUCAAAUCAUCCCCUGAAGCUUCUCUCGCCUGGACUGGCGCUUGCUUUUGCAUGCAGAUGUUGGAAAAUCCAAUAAGCGAGUCCAGUUCUAAUCGUGAUGGUGUCACCUACGUAUUAUCCAGGAUGAAGUGGUACUGGGAAUUAUCAGGCCUACUCAACGAUGGAGGCGACAGCACGAUCGGAUUGAGGGUUGAACUUCAGAAUCACAUUGUUGAGCUCUAUAAAACUCUUCUCUCCUAUCAGAUGAAAAGCGUUUGUCUUUACUAUAGGAACAGAGGGGUUACGUUCCUACGAGACUUGAUCAAACUUGAUGAUUGGGAAAGUACUCUCAAGUCUCUCAAGUCCGCGGAGGAUGUUGUCAGAGAGGACUACCAUACCUACAAUACCUCUAACAUGGCCGAUCGCCUCAACGGGCUUCUUGAGGCUGCAAAUUCUGAGUGUAGUAUCCUUCGGGAUAUUGCUAGCUUUAUCCAGCAACAAACCAAGGCGGAGCAGCAGAGACAAACGGAAGAGAAGAAAGAGAGAGAGGAUGACAAGAACAAUCAGUAUCUUAUCGAUCUACGAGCAACAGACUCCCGUUUGGAUAAAGAGCGAAUUGAGAAAACGAAAGGGGGAUUGUUGCCAAAGAUUUCAAACUGGAUUCUGGGCCAUCAGUCCUUCAGAAAUUGGCGCGAGAAAGACGAAUCCCAGCUUCUAUGGAUUAAGGGUGACCCGGGAAAAGGCAAGACUAUGCUGCUGAUUGCUAUCAUCAAUGAGCUGGAAAGAUCUUUAGCGGAUGCCACCAAUUCAGACCAGCAGACAUCUCCAUCCCUGAUCUACUUCUUCUGCCAAGGAACCAACUCGGCUCUCAACAGCGCAACGGCCGUUCUCAGAGGCCUCAUCUAUCGCUUUGUUAAAGAAUGCCCACCACUCAUCUCAUACUUACAAAAGGCGUACGCCGACUCCGGCUCUAAGCUCCUUGAUCACAACGCUUUCUUCGCACUAUCGCAUAUAUUGAGGCAGAUGCUGAAUGAUGAACGAAUCCCUCAAGCUUAUAUCGUGAUUGACGCAUUGGAUGAAUGUGACGAAGAUUUGCUACAGCUUUUGGAUUUCAUCGUUGAGAAUUUUGCCCGACAACCUAUCGUUAACAUCAAGUGGAUCAUUUCAAGUCGGCUCAUAGACCGAAUUGAAAAGCAGCUGGUCCCAAUAGCUUCUGAAGGGGGUUAUAUGGCUCUCAGGUUGGGUGAGACUCAGGAGCAAAUAACUGAUGCCGUCAACGCUUUUAUCGAUGUCAAGAUAUCCCAGCUUGGCCUUGAAGAAGAGGAAACGAAGGUUAAAAUUCGCGAAACACUGCGUGAAAAAGCCGCUGGCACGUUUCUAUGGGUUGCGCUCGUUUUUGAAGAGCUUCAAAAUACCCCGGUCUGGGAAAUUGACGAUGUGCUAGAAGAGAUACCUUCUAGCUUAAAGGCUAUCUACAGCAGGAUUCUCGAUCGGAUUCUACCACCUGAUGAAGCACACACAAAUUCGCGAGAAAAUGUCAGACAUGGACUCUGUCGACUUAUUCUUUCGAGGGUAACUUUAGCAUAUCGUCCACUCUAUCUGGAUGAACUUGCCAUGGUCUCUGAGCUGCCUAAGAACAAACAAAAAUACAUCAAGGAGAUUGUGAAAUCAUGUGGUUCACUGCUUGCUAUUUCAGAAGACCAAGUUUAUCUCGUUCAUCAGUCAGUCAAAGAUUUUCUGAGUGGCGAAGCAGCUAAGGAAAGAAUCUUUCCAUCCGGGCUUCCAACAACUCAUCUCGCCAUUUCCUUGGAGUCCUUGAAUGCCAUGACUAAAACGUUGAAGCGGAACAUCUACAACUUGUCAUCUCCUGGACUUCCAAACAGUGAAUUCAAAGCUCAUGGUUUAGACCCAUUGAUCUCUGUGCGAUAUUCCUGCGUUCACUGGAUUAGUCAUUUUUGCAAUGCUUACAGGAAAGCUGAGGUUGACAUCGAUGAUGACGACGGCAGCAGCAGCAGCAGCAGUUUCCCGAUGAGCCUUGAGGGCCUUGAUACUGUCAGAUACUUUUUCGAAAAUUGCUUCCUCUACUGGGUCGAAGCAUUAGGAAUUCUUCGUCAUUUGGGAAAUGCGAUCGUGUCGAUGAAGGAACUUGAGCAAAUGCUCGGAGUAAGUUUCCUGCCUCAUGUCAAGAUGAAAAUCAAUCUAAUUACUACUCAGAAAUGGAACCCCGAGGAUGAGCUAGUAGGGCUAGUGUAUGACUGUCGACGCUUUGCCUUGAAUAAUAUUUGGUUGAUUGAGACUACGCCACUCCAAACAUACGUAUCUGCAUUGGUGUUCAGCCCGACUUCUUGCAAAAUUCGAAAUAUCAAGAAAUACAAAGAUGAGGAACCAAAUUGGAUCACAAUAAAAUCAAAGGUGGACGAUACCUGGAGCCCCUGCUUGCAAACCCUCGAAGGUCAUAAGAUGUCAGUCAAGUCUGUCGCGUUCUCACGCGACUCGAGGCUGUUAGCCUCAGGGUGUUUGGACGGGACCAUCAGGAUUUGGGAUGCCGGAACCGGAGCUUUUCAGCAGUCACUCGAUGCGUCCGCUCUGGUCCUUUCUGUGGCAUUCUCUCCGGACUCAAUACUCUUAGCUGCAGGAUGUGACGACUCCAGCAUCAGGAUCUGGGAUACUGCAACUAGAACUCUCCGAUACGUACUGCGGCAUCACGAGAAUGAUUUCAAAAUUGCAAAACUGUGCCAGGGGCGAAAGCGAUUGACCAAGGACAUCCAGGCUGAAGGUGAUGAUACUGAUCCAUCGCCUGCUCAAUAUGAUAGGAACGAGGUCCUAGGAAACGAAAAAAUCCUGUCGGUUGCAUUCUCAUAUGACUCGAGUCUGCUGGCCUCCGGGUCUGAUGGAAACACGAUCGCAAUCUGGGAUAGUGUAAAUCAUCAACUUCAACACACUCUUUCAGGCCAUAAUGAUACUAUUAAUUCAUUGGCAUUUUCACCAAAGUCAUUUAUCCUAGUCUCGGCAUCAAACGACCGUACGAUCAAGAUCUGGGAUGCAGCAACUGGCAAUCUUCAACAAACACUCACAGGUUACGACGCUGAAGUGAGGACAGUUGCAUUUUCACCCAAUUCUCAAUUUUUGGCUUCGGGAUCAGAGGAAGGUACCAUCAAAGUUUGGGAUACAAAGACUUGGAUGCUUCGAAACACUCUCGAGGCCCAUGAGGUAAAUGUUCGUUGUGUGGUGUUCUCUCCCGAUGGGAAAUUUCUGGCCUCUGCGGCAGGCGACCGUAAGGCCAAAAUUUGGAAUACAACAACGUGGUCCCUCCAACAAACAUUUCAGAAUCAUGAUCUCUAUCUGUCACUUGCAUUCUCAUCUGACUCUAAAACUAUUGCCCUGGGAACAGUUUACUGUAAAAUCAAGAUAUGGGAUACAGAGACUAGAAAUGAUUCAGAACAAGUAUCUGAGUAUCAUGAUAGUCGGGUGAAUUCUGUGACAAUUUCACAUGACUCGAAACUGCUCGCUUCAGCCUCAUCUGAUAAAACCAUCAAAGUUUGGAAUAUCGCAACCAUGACUGUCAGACGCACAUUGCAGGGCCAUAAGGAUUGGGUCAACUCGGCUGACUUUUCACCGGAUUCAAAGUUUAUCGCUACAGCCUCUAGUGAUAAAACUGUAAAGAUCUGGGAUCCGGAGACUGGGAAUCUUCACAAAACACUCGAGGGUUCUCACUCAAUGGAAAUUGCUGCAUUCUCGCGGGAUGGAUGCCUUUUGGUCUCCGCGUGCCGCGACCGUACAAUCAAAAUCUGGGAGACGGCUAAUUGGGAUUUAAUGAAGUCGAUUCAAUGCGACGAUAUAUUAUGGAGACUAUCAUUUGAUCAGACAGGUAUGUACUUGGAUACAGACGAAGGGCGAUUUCAGAUAUCCGAUGGGAGUCGAGUUCCAGAGGUUGAACCUUUGCGGAGCGACCUUGUACGAGAAAUUGGCUGGGGCCUCGACCGGGACCAGUCUUGGAUUACAUGGAACAGUAACAACGUGCUAUGGAUACCUCCAGACUAUCGAGUUUCCUCGUACUAUUCCGAUGGAACUCAAUUGAUCGAGUCACCAACAGUCACUAUGAUUGCAAAUGGAACUGAUGCGGGAAGGGUGGUAGUGAUCGAGGUUCCCAAAUCCGGACCAUUUGAUUGA